CAUGGCUUCAGCCCGCCUCCUCUCUCGGGUGCCGCUGCUUCGUCACGUGACCGGCAAUGACCCUCUCCCAUUCUCUGCGCUGCUUUUUUUUUCUCCCCCCUCACUUUUUUCCGCCUGUCCCCCUUUGCCGGCCGCUGGAUCACGUGACUCUAUAAAGCGGGUUGCCGCCUGGAGUCGGGACACAGCUGAGUAGAGGGGAACGAUGGCGGCGGCAGCGGCGGGUCCCGGGAGAGAGCGGGAGCUCCCGCCUCGCAAGGAGGGCACAAGUUCAGAUCAAAUCCUUCAGACGGGAACCAUUCUUCUCAAAAGCUUUAUCAGGGAUCGAAUCCAGUGCUGUGGAGAUUCGGAACGUAUUGAGGUGACGAUGGCAGAGCUGGACGAUUCAGAGGCUCAGGCUUGUAAUCCCAACACCAAAUCACUAAGCGAGUGCCUGCGCCGGAUUGGAGAUGAGCUGGAUGGAAACACAGAGCUGCAGAGGAUGAUAGAACAAGUUCAGAUGUAUCCCCCCAAGGAAGUUUUCUUUCGAGUGGCGGCUGAGAUGUUCUCAGACGGUGCUUUCAACUGGGGCCGGGUGGUGGCCUUGUUUUAUUUUGCAUGCAAGUUGAUCCUAAAGGUAGUGUGUAGCAAAUUACCAGAGCUCCUAAGGACUGUCAUCAGCUGGACCAUGGAAUAUAUCCAGGAACAUGUCCUGUCCUGGAUCCAAGCCCAAGGAGGAUGGGAAGGCCUCCUCUCCUUUUUCGGCACCCCCACUUGGCAAACCAUUGCUGUCUUUGCUGCGGGGGUCUUGACUGCCUCAUUGACCUUCUGGAAGAUGUCUUAAUCCUCAGCCACCUCCACAAGGAGGACCUUUUCAUUACAAGAACAAGUGGAGGAGGGGCAGGUUCCCCCCCAUCCCCAUUUCCUAAGCAAGAAAGAAAACGUUCUAGGAUUCCUUUUCAGACCUGUGUAGGGGAGCUUUUUAAAACAAAUGCUGUUGCUCAUAUUUGGUGCCUUUUUUUCAAAAAACAGGUGCACACUUUUUUGUUUUGAUAAGUGUGUACUUCUUGCUUUGCUUUCUCCAAUCAAUCAGCCUCUUGGACUUAGAGGUCCGAAGACGUUAAGAUUCUCUAGUUUUGAAACAAUGACGGAGAACAAGGUGAAGGAUGCCGGUGGCUUGUUCUCUCUGACAGCAGCUUAGUGAAUAACUGCUGGAUGUUUAUACUGUUUUUUGGAAGAUUAUUCCCAGAUUUCUUCUCUCAACAAUCCUAGCAAUGCAUUUGUUCAGCAUCCUCAGAUUAGAUGUUUUCUAAGGGAUCCGUGCAAACAAGUUUUGAUAUUUUAUAUUUUCCUUUCCUUGAACAGAAGCUGAAUUUUGGCAAUAUCCUGAUAGAAAACCAAGUUCUCCCCUUACUAAACUUUGCAUAUUAGAAUAAAUUACACUUCUGCUGGUACAUCUACUUUUUUUUAUAAAAGAAACUCAGAUCACUGAUCUGGUCACAAUCAAAGUAGAGGAAACCUUUACGAGUCUUUGCAACUAUUGAUGUGUACAGGACUUUUAGAGCUGACUUUUUACAAAGGAGCUGUAUUGCUGGAAAAUGAGAAUUUGGAAGCCAUCUUUUGUUCUGCCAGAUCUGUGUUUCUCUAUAGAAAUGCUCUGAGGGACGCUAAAUAGAAACAUGUCUAAUCUAAAUGGAUCUGUUCCCAGUCCAAAAAACAAAGGUGAGAAAAAUGCUUUAUAAAAGCAAUGUGUCUCCAAGUGGAGCACAGAAGACAUUGCAAGACUGAGACUAAAUGACUGGAAGAUUCCCUUUCCUUUAUUGCUUCAUUCUGUCCUCAUAGAAAUUAACUUGGAGAUCUGAGUCAAGAAAUGAAGAAGAGAGAAUGCAAAGGGCUUCUGAUCUAUUUAUUCUACAAGAGAGAUUUUUUUUUUCAUUGCUCGCUUCUCCAUUUUUGUAUUUUACCUCAGCCUUCCCCAACCUUGUGAUCUCUGGAAGUUUCUCAAAUAAUAUGCUGGUUGGGAAUUCUGGAAGUUGCAGUCUUAAUCCAUUUGGAGGGGGCCAAGUUGAGGGAAUCUGUUGAGUUGAAUCACCCUUGGGGUUUCUUAGUCUUUAGACUCAGCCAAAUAAAAAAGAAAUCUCCAGGAAUUCCAGCAAAUCAUACUCUCUUCAACCAUGUCCUAGUACUUUGUAUCUCAUUAUAGCUGUGGUAACGGCUGAGACAUUCGGCUGCAUGUGACUAUUGUAGGUUGGGGUUUUUUUUGCUUUUUUUGCUUUUUAUGUUCGUGUGUGCAAUGCUAAACAUUGUGACUGCAGCUCUAUGUGCUAAAGAUGGAGCAUCUGCAUAUAUGCCCCCAAAAUAUGCCCAUAUAUUGAUACCCAUUUUGAAUUAUGGACUUCACGUUGAUAUUUAUUGGUAUGCAGGAAAUACUUAUCAUUCUCUGGUCUACAAUAGGGACCUGAUCCUCCAGAUCAAUGUUUUGCAAACUCAGCAACUUAAAGACACGUGGAUUUCAACUUCCAAAACUCCCCAGCCAGAAUUCUAAGAAUUGAAGUCCACACAUCUUCAAGUUGCCGAGGUUGAGAAACAUUGAACUGGAGGAUGUUGCUGAAUUAAAAAUCCCAACUGCCUCAGCUGCCGUGGUGGAUGUUGCUGGGAAUUGUACUUCAGCAGCCUCUAAUGAGGAGGCCACAGAUUCCCACCCCUUCUUUGAUUUUUUUCCCCAAAGUGUUUACAUUCAUUUUUCCUUUAUCUUCUUGUCAGUCAACGGAUAAUCAAAAUGUGUCCUUAUACUUCUUUACAGCAUUUGCCUUGGAAUUCUAGUUGAAACUGUUCAAGCUAUAUUAAACUAGAGGGAGGUGGGCCAAA